CCACUGACCUCACGUGGGCUAUCGUAUACACCAACCACUAUCUCCUUCUCUUCUCGUAGAAUUUGAUUCCUCUCCGCUUCAACUCUGUAUCUUCCCUUCCUGUAGCAAUGUCUGAGAAAAUAACAGCCGAGAGCUUACUGAACAACCUGGUAGAAACCAUUGCCGACAAUGUUCCAAAGCAGAAAUCUGUAUCAUUUUUUGAAGACGAAAAUGUCUCAUCUCGUUUCAAUAGACUUUUUGGGCGCCAGAAGCCUGUACACCAUCUUUUAGGGGGUGGAAAAUCUGCUGAUGUUCUAUUGUGGAGGAACAAGAAAAUUUCAGCUAGUGUUCUAACUGGGGCAACAGCUAUCUGGGUGCUUUUUGAAUGGCUAAAUUACAAUUUUCUGACCCUUGUAUGCUUUGCUUUGGUUUUUGGUUUGCUUGCUCAGUUUGUUUGGAUAAGCGCUUCAGGUCUAUUAAACAGGUCACCAUCUAAAGUCCCUCGCCUUGUUUUGCCUGAUGAGAUAUUUGCCAACAUUGGCAUAGCAGUUGGCACUGAAGUUAACAGAGGUUUGCGAUUUCUUCAGGAUGUGGCCUGUGGAGGAAACUUGAAACAUUUUCUUGUGGCUUUAGGAAGCUUAUGGGUGGCCGCUGUGAUUGGAAGCUGGUGCAAUUUUCUGACUGUUCUGUACAUUGGUUUUGUCGCUGCGCAUACGUUACCGGUCCUGUAUGAGAAGCAUGAAGAUCAAGUCGAUGACUUUGCAUACAAGGUCUUUGACCAGCUUCGGCAUAACUAUCGGAAGCUGGAUGCCAGUGUCCUAAGUAAGAUUCCCAAGGGAAAGCUCAAGGGGAAGAAGCAUGAGUAGAUUAAUCAUGUAGUGUAGUAAUGUAGUAUAUAGAAUUUGAUGGAUUGCCUUGGUCAAAUCAAAACUUUUAGUUAAUUGAGACUAAAAGCAAACAGUUUAUUGUCAUUUGGUAUGAAUUUCAAAUCUGUCACAAUACUCAACUUAAGG